AUUUUCCCAACUUUGUAAGCAGAACGCCAUGACGGCAAAUGUCUACUUGCACUUGACGUUUAAUCAGAACAUGACAUUUUGUGAAUUUAAUUCUAUCAAAUGGCAGAUUCUUUUUUCGGAUUUAAUACAACACACGGGGAUGGAAUUUACGGCCCCUUAGACGAUGAUGAUUUUGGCGAAGAGGAGAAAUACGAUGCACUUAAUGAUGAGACAUUCGGUUCUGAGGCACCAGUCGGCGAUUGGGAACAAGAUCAUGAGAAAUUAGCACAAAUCACUGAAUCCUCACGACCGAGUCAUAAAAAUUCGUUGAAAAAAUCUAAUUCUAUAGUACAUAAGAACGAUGCAGAAGUUGAUAUUGAGAAUAGCCUGUCCCAUUUGGUGCUGGAUGAGAAGGAGGGCAUCAUACCGCGACCUGGAGUUUGGGACAGUCCAGCGAAUCUUCCUUUACCGAAGCCAAAACCACCAUUGACAACUGCUUUAAAAAAAGUAUGUACAGUCGAGGAAUUAGAACGCGGUCUCAUUGGUAAUAGACCUCCGCCUGGAAUUAAUAAACUACCACAAGGUCCGACGCAACAACAACAACAACAGCAGGGAGGAUUUUUUGAUUCUAUGCCAAUUAAUGAUCAAAUUCAGAUUAAUGGAAUGCCACCUCGAUUUCCACCGGGUCUACCAUUACCCCCACCGCCACCGGUUAUGCUUCCUCCAAAUCUCAGACUGCCCCAUCCACAAUUUAUACCAAAUCACAAAAUGCCCAAUCAAGGUGGUAACAUGUUGAGAUUCCUGGUGCCUCCACAUUUAAUAUUGCCACCCGGAGGGCAACGGCAACCGAUGCCUGGUAACUUUCCCUUGGGCAAUUUUCCAUUCAUGAGACCCGAUCAUCCAAUGAUGCCGUUCGCGAAUAAUCAAGCGAAUCAACAAUUUAAACAUCCAUUGCAUUCCGCUAAUCAGCGAAAUCAAAAUAGGCCGUUUCAUAAUAAUGAACAGCAACAACAACAACAGCAGCAACAACAACAACAAGGGAAUCAUCAGCCAUUCUUUAAAAAUAAUCAACUUCCGUAUCACAAUCAUAAUCACAAUCACAAUCAAAAUCAUAAUAAUCAACGUUUCCAUCAUUCCCAUCAUCACGCACAAGGUUUAAAUGGUAUAAAUAUACCGAGGGAUUAUGAUGAAUACGCCGGUCUUAUGAGUACUCGCGAGAAGCAAUGGUUAAAUAAUAUUCAACUUUUACAACUCAAUACCAAUCAACCUUACGUUGAUGAUUAUUAUUACACUGUUUUUUGUGAUCGUCGAAAGAAGAAGAAUGUUGAUAAUAAUAUGGACAGGAAGCAUCGCAAUGGACAUCAUAAAGACUCGAGGGAUAGAGAGCAGACGCAGCACACGUUCGUUAAAGUUGUCUAUACGCCGAUGCAGUUUGAAAAUUCCUUAGGAAAACUUCAAUGCGGAAGUGUGACGGCUCCGCGAAAAAUUAUUGACAUGGAUAUUGUUCCGAACAGUGAUCCACAGCAGGCACUUCCGCCUCAUCAGAAGGAUACGAAAAAAACGCGCCAACUACUUCUUGAAAUAGAAAGGUUGUACGUUUUGCUAUUAAAUCUCGAGGACGCGAAUAAUCCGCUAGCGCUACUAGCAGAGAAGCAACGACAGGAGCAACAGGAAUUACAGGAAAACGAAGAGGAAGCGAAGGUUGUGAAGAAAUCGGUGCCAGAAUUAAUAACAAUGAUUUUUUCCUCCCUCUUGCAAUUACAGAAGGAUGACAAAUUAGCUGGAAUGUUAAGUAUCCGAAAAGGCAAAACACUGUUGCUGCGAUUUUUGCGACUCGUCAAUGAAAAUGAAUAUAGAAGUCAAUUGGCCGAAAUAUGGGCUGGUUUAUUGCGCGGCUUGGCAAUCAUUGGCCGGAGAGAUUCAAGUUUAUUGAUGGAAUUUUAUCUCCAAUUUCGAAAAUGGAUUGAUUCGGAAACGAAUUUCUCAGUUCUCCUUCAAUUGGCCAGGGCUUUCAUGGAGACGGCAUAUCAACCGACGAAAAGUAACAGUUUAGCCUUCGCUCUAACAAAUAAGUUUGGUAUCUCAAUAAUUGCUGUACUAUUACAACAGGCAGAAUUCAUUUUUCCGAUUACCUAUUAUUAUCGUGAUGAAUGGUCGAAUUUCAUUGACACUAUAAUGAAAUUAAUUGAUUCACAUACUUCUAAUCUUGCACCGGAAGUUCCAAUAGUUCACUGUACAUUAUACGAACAUCUUAGUCGUUUUCCAAAUUUAGACACUAAGAAAUUAUAUUCACUCGAACUUUUAUUGACUCGCUUUGUGGAUGAAUAGUGACGCAUGCUUAUUAUUAAGUAUAAAAGAAAUAAUUUUUUUUUAUAAUAGAAUCUAGAAAAGAAAAGGACUUUAUAGAAUUUUCAAGUGCCCUUGAUAUCUUGAACCGAGUAAAAAUUGUAACAUAAAAAAAAAGAAAGAAAAAAGCACGAAGUCAGAUAUCAAAGUUUUGCACAGUUGUUUAAAAAACAAAAAUUUCUAUAAAAACAAAAAAAAACAAAAACAAAAAAAAAAGUUAUGAUGGUUCACUCGUUGCAACUAAAGCAAAGGAAUUAUUUGUUGAAAAAUGUUUGUAAAAGAGGCUGUGCUCAUUUUUUUGUAUUUAUAAUUUUCUUUUUAUUUUGUCAAAAGAAAAAUUUCACCAAGAUUCGAUACUUACACAAUUUUUUUUUUAUUCACGAUAAAGAGAUAUAAUUCAAUUUUUUAUUUUUAACAUUUAAGGUCAAUCUAUUUGAAAUAUGUACAUAAAUAUAAAACUGUAUAUAAAGAAAUAUUGUUGAUUCAAUUUGUAAGAAUCAAAACUUGGUUUAAAAAAAAAGAUUUUAAAUACAAAGAAAAAAAAGAAAGAAAAAACAUAUUUUUUAAUUGAAAUUAAAUAAGUGAAUAAUUAUUCUAAUUGAAUUAGUGUAAUUAUGAAAUUUAUUAAAAUUAAAUUAACGAAAUUAAUGAAAUUUAUGAAAAUUAUGAAAUUUUUAAUAAUUAAUAAUAAUUAAUAAUAGAAACUUUGCUGUAAUUGCAACGAAAUUCGUAGAAUUUUUUUUGCUAAGAAAUUGCUCCUUAAUGCGAGUGAUUUUAAUUAAUAUCGAACGUGACUCAUUUUUAUUAUAAAGAAUUCUCCGUAAUAUUUUUUUGCAAUAAUUUUAGUGUUUCGCUGCCCAUCCCCUGCCCCCCUUAAUGCGCUAAAAUGGCCUUUAAUUAAGAUUGAUAGUAUAAUUAAUUUUUCACAAAAUAUUUUUUUUUCAAUUAACUUUUAUUUACUUGUAUGUACGUGUAGCUUGUACAGCAUUGUGCGAAUGGAUAAAUAUUUGUAAUUUUGCCCGCGAAUGGUUUUUCACUAGAAGAACUAAAAAAAAAAAGACUUAAAUAAAAAGCAGAAAAAAAAUGUCAGAUUAUUAUCUGAUUUUUUUAAAAAAGAAGUAAAAUAGAACUUUAUAUUUUCAAUGUUUUAUUGUUAGCAACAGAUCAGUGUAUACUUUAGAUUUUUCAUUUUUUAUUAUUAUAGAGAAAAUUUUGAUUCAUAUUAUUUUUUUUUAUUUAAGGAGGAAAUGGUAUUUUUCUUUUCAAGGUUAAUUUUUUUCUCAUACUUUUUUGAUUGCAAAAUUACUAUUUUAACUAUUUCAAUAUUUUUUCAAAGAAGAGAGGAGAAAAUGUUCUUUUAUCAUGUUUAACGAUUCUUAUACAAUUUGCGAAUAAAGAAAACAAAAAAUAUACGAAAAAUUUUUGAAAAAAAAGUGACAUAAAAUUAUAGAAUUUAUAAAUCAAUUGUAAAAACUAUUUCAUUUCUUUCAUGUUGCAAGUUGAGAGAGAAAAAAAAAUAAAUGGCUCCGAAUGGUUACGAUAUAUUCUUCUUACCAAUGUAACCGGGCCUUACAAUAAUUAAUCGUCAGGCUUAUUUAUUAAUGAAAGCCUUUAAAUAUUGUCAGUAGAAUAUUUUUUCAUUUUUAAUAAUAAUAUUAAUAAUAAAUAAUAAUAAUAAUAUAAAUGUAUAAAUUAUGUUAGUUUUAUCGAAAACUUGCACCAAGUAAUGAAAUAGUUUGAACUUGAAUGACGAUAUUUUUGUUCUUUUUUUAAUAUUUAAAAAAAUAUUGUGCACGCCUUGACUCGACCUAUUUAUUAAAUAUGUUUCAAAAAAUAAAAAUAGGCAGUUAGGGAAAAUUUCUUUUGAGAUUAAUGCGAAUUAAUUAACGUAAAUUCCCCCUUAACCCCCCUUCGACGACUCAAUUUUUUAUUACAAAAAAUAUAUUUGUAAAUCGAAAUCUAUAAACGCACAGUGACGAAAAAUCAGAAAUUGAUUUUAAUUACUCGUGCUCAAUUUAAUUUUAAAAUCUCAAUUUAAUUUUUACUUUAUUAAAAAGAAUUUCCAAGAGGAAUUAUAUUACUAUUAUUAUCAGGAUAAUUUUUUUUGGCAUGUGUUUGAGAUUUAUUGUUCUAAUUAUUGAACAAAAUUUUGUUUUAGAGGAAAAAAAAAUUUUAUUCAUCAAUAUCUAUGUACGUGAACGACAAUUGAUUUAAAAAAAAAAAAAGUAAAAAAUGAUAAUAAAUGUACGAAAGAAAAAAAGUACUGUAUACUUAAAAAACAAAAAUAAUAAUAAUAAUAAGACCGUGCAGCGUCAUUGUCUUUACGGAUUGUCCAAAAAUUGUUAAAUUGAAAAAUAAUGUUGCGUUUACAUUUAGAGAUAUAUUUUUGUAGUUGUACAAGUUUUUUCUUUACAUCAAACUAUUUAAAAACGGACAUUAAAAAAAAGUACAGUUAUAAAACUUUAUAUAAUUAAUAUUCUACUUUAUAUGAUAAAUAACUUUCAUUACUACGUUGUAUUUUUCUCAACAUUUAUUAUUGAAUAUUAGGAGAGAAAAGAAAUGGGAUGAUAUAAUACAGAAAAGAAAAAUUUUUAUGCUGUAAUAUUGUACAUUAAUGAUGCUGCCGAAAAGAAAAAUAAGUAUAAAUAUUCUCAGUGUACAGAAGUCACCUAAUUUCAAAUCAAAGUCGAAAAUAAAUGUUUUGCAUCCAA